ACAGUUAACUGUUAGCUCAAUUUAGACUUAUAAAAUCAACCCUAAAUUCCAUACAUUAAUCUUGGGCAGCUUAUGCCCAAAACUCUCAUCACAUGGAUAUAAAUAGCACUAUCCAGAUAUACUUAAUCCAUCCGGAAUUUUUAAGCUUUUAAGCCUUUGUUCUAUUCAUUUUUUUUUUUUCUUAGAUCGAAUUCUAACUUAAGAGUUAAAGUAUAAAUCUUAAGACCAUGCUCAAUCUUUAUUUUUAAUCGCUCUCUUCUCUCUUAUGUAUAUUUAGGAAUUUAUCCUUCUCAAUCAGCUCGGCACAAACAACUAUAUUUUAUGAUUGAUAAAUAAUUGAACAGAAAUCGACAUGAGUGAUGGGGUGUCAAAAGUUUGAUAGAAUAUGUUAUUAAAUGGAUCAACCUCCGAAUAUAAAUAGAAAGUAACAGACACCUGAAAUUCAUCAUCAGUGCAUUAGUGAUUAGCUUUGCUGUUUUAUAAGUUCAGAGAGCUGAAUCGAGAGUGCAUUCAUUGUUCUUUUAAGAGAUAUGGAGAACCAAGGACAUGGUUCUUUAGGUAAGUUUAAGCCAUUCUUUGCUGCCCUUUUCUUGCAAGCUGGGUUUGCAGGAAUGGAUAUCUUGUCUAAGGCUGCACUAAACCAGGGUAUGAGCAAUUAUGCACUCGUUGUCUACCGCCAUGCCAUUGCCACUGUCAUCAUGGCUCCUUUCGCAGCCAUUCUCGACAAGAAAGUAAGGCCUAAGAUGACAAUGCCAAUCUUCAUCAAGAUAAUGGUGCUCAGCCUACUGGAGCCAGUCAUUGACCAAAACUUGUAUUACGUCGGGAUGAAGUACACCACGGCUACGUUUGCAGCUGCCAUGUAUAACAUUCUUCCUGCCAUUACCUUUAUAAUGGCUUGGAUUUUAAGGCUUGAGAAGGUAAAUGUAAGAUCGAUCCGCAGUCAUGGUAAGGUUAUUGGAACCCUUGCAACAGUUGCAGGAGCCAUGGUCAUGACACUGAUGAAAGGGCCAGUGCUUGAAUUAUUUUGGACGAAAGGAAGAAUUAACCAUCACGCUGCAGCAAAAAAUGGGACAGAUUUCCAUGAUACGAUUAAAGGCGGUCUAAUGAUCACAGUUGGUUGCUUCAGCUAUGCUUGUUUCGUGAUUCUGCAAGCAGUGACGCUGGAAGCAUACCCUGCCGAGCUUUCUCUCACAGUUUGGAUCUGCCUGUUGGGCACGUUUGAAGGUACCAUAGCGGCUUUGAUAAUGGAAAAGGGAAAUGGUGCCAUAUGGGCUAUUAAAUGGGACACCAAGUUACUAACAGCUGCAUACAGUGGUAUUGUAUGUUCAGGACUUGCUUAUUACAUGCAAGGGGUGAUAAUGAAAGACAGAGGUCCGGUGUUUGUUACAGCUUUUAGUCCCCUAUGCAUGGUUAUUGUAGCCAUCGUGGCCUCUUUCAUUCUAGCUGAACAAAUGUACCUGGGAAGGGUGAUUGGAGCUAUCAUCAUAAUUGUGGGUCUAUAUUUUGUGCUAUGGGGUAAAGGCAAGGAUUACAAGUCUCCACCCCCAUUAAUGGAGCAGCAAAUAGAACCAGAUAAAACUGGUAGGGCUAACAAUGAAAAUGACAGUUCUGAUCAUCAGGCCAUCACAAUUGAUGCUGCCAGCAGAGAAACCUCAAUCGGAGAUGAAAAAGAACAAGAGAAAAGCAAUUCAAUUUCGGUCUAAGAGUUACCCUUCUCCUAAAGGGAACCGAUUCCUCCUUAACCGCCCUCCCCCCUCUCCCUAGUGGAUAAAUAUGAUCCAGCAUUUGUAAUCAUUAAGCUUAAUGGAGUCUUUUUUUUUUUAAUAAUUUUUUUCUCAAAAUAAUCAUUAUAAAUUGAUAACAUGAUGCAUAU